CAGAGUUAUGAUCGCACAAACGGCACUGUACACGACUUACCUGCAGCGAAACAACACAGAUUGAACUACUGCCUUAUAGUAGCUUUAACAAAAGCAUCAACUAUAAAUCAACUAUAAAUCUGCUAACAGUCAUCCCAGAUCAAUGGAGAGACACUAUGUUGCCUGCAUGAAACUAGGAGGGAUCUGUGGGAGACACACAGCGGAGAGCAGCUGACUCAGGACUCUCUCUCUCCUCCGGAGGACUGAAGCAGCUGCAGGACCGUGAACGAGGCGCAGAUAUGCUGGGUGUCCUCGUCCUUCUGUCCCUCGCCUCCCUCGGGGCCCUGGUGCCCCCCCCAGGUUCUCCUCCUGUCCCCUGCAGACGCUGCUGUGAUCACCUGGAGCCACCAGAGGGCAGCGGAGACCCUCCUCCCCCAGACACACAGCUCAGCCACAAGCCCGAGAUCCACACCUACAUCAACAUGACCAUCCUCAAAGGUGACAAAGGAGAACGUGGCGACCGAGGAACUUCAGGUAAAAGUGGACCUGAAGGCCCUCCAGGCUCCAGAGGUACAAUGGGCUUGAAAGGCACUAAGGGUCCGGCGGGGGUCCCAGGAGACGCCUGCAAAGUCCAGCACUCUGCCUUCUCCGUGGGCCGCCGCAAAUCCCUCCACAGCCUGGAGACCUACCAGGCACUCGUCUUCGACACGGUCUUCGUCAACAAGGACGACCACUUCAACAUGUUUGACGGGAAAUUCCUUUGCCGCGUCCCGGGGAUCUACUUCUUCAACCUAAACAUCCACACGUGGAACUUCAAAGAGACGUACCUGCACAUCAUGCACAACGACACGGAGAAGGUGAUCGUUUACACCCAGCCCAGCGACCGCUCCAUCAUGCAGAGUCAGAGCCUGAUGUUGGAGCUGAAGCUGAAUGACGAGGUGUGGGUGCGCCUCUACAAGAGGGAGAGGGAGAAUGCCAUUUACAGCGAUGAUAUAGACGUCUAUAUCACUUUUAAUGGAUACCUCAUCAAAGGAACCACAGAGGGGAACUAAAAAAGAGAGGUAAUGCAGAAAGGCCGAGCAUGAGACUGUUGAGCUCAGGUGGAUGGAAAGCAAACUAAUUGAAGUUUCACAGACUGACUGAAAAAUUGUUUCUUCUGAGGUUUAUAUUGAGAUUAAAAUAGAGGUUCACAUCAC